AUCGAGCGCGGUCAGUUGUCGGCCGGAUCUCGAUCGGGGUGGUUUGCGGCUCGGCGAGUUGGCGCGAUUGUGCUGAGGAAACGCGAGGGCGGAAAGGAGGUUAGGAGGGGGAAAGAGGGAAGGGGACAAGACAGCCGGAACGGUGGGCACCGCGCUGCGUCGCUCGGUCAGUCCGCUCUGAAACGUCGCGCGGCAUGCGUCGUGCUCUGCACUGCGCGCUUCCACGCGUAUGAAACGUCAACGACGCGACGCCUUCGCGACUGUCCGCUUCUCGUUGUCUUCACGCGCGGAUGCACCUACCGCCGAGCCGCCAAAUCAAGUCGUCGACCACCACCGGCACCUAAGCGUCACAGCGGACUAACGUCAUCGCUCCUACUUGUUCACGUCGUGAUAAGCAAGCGCGGCAAGCAUGGAUCGAUCAUCCAAGCUGAUUCUACGGAAGCUCAUCAUAGACUUUCUCUGCCUAUUCAUCGUGGGGAUCUCGGUGCUAAUGUUCUUCCUAUUCGGCAAACCGUACAAGCGUGGCUUCUUCUGCAACGAUGAAUCACUCUAUCAUCCGUUUCACGAUUCUACAGUUACGAGUUCGAUGCUGUACGUCAUCGGACUUUUCCUUCCUAUAUGCACGAUGAUCGUAGGAGAGUUUCUGCACGCGCGGCAUUUUCCUGAACAUACGGCGAAGGUGCUUUUCGGAUACACCAUACCUCCGUGGCUGUGGAACGCCUACGAAAAGAUUGGUGUAUUCGGUUUCGGCGCGGCUUGCACCGUUUUAACUACGGACAUCGCGAAGUACACCAUAGGUCGCCUGCGACCGCACUUCAUGAGUCUCUGCGUGCCCAACGUCAAUUGCAGUCUGAUCGAAAAUCGUCACAGAUACAUCGAGCAUUUCGAAUGCACCGCGCCGGAGAUUUCCGACAAAUUGCUCAAAGAUGUCAGAUUAUCGUUUCCCUCCGGUCACUCGUCCUUCUCGGCCUACACCAUGAUCUACCUUGCGAUGUAUCUUCAGCUGAGGAUGAGGUGGAAAGGCAGUAAACUUCUCAAACACUUCUUUCAACUGCUGUGUCUGCUUAUGGCCUGGUUUACCGCGAUGACACGCAUUUCCAAUUACAAGCAUCACUGGAGCGAUGUGCUCGCUGGAGCUACCCUCGGCACGAUCGUUGCUUUAGUGAUGUCACACUGUGUGGCGGAUCUCUUCGAGGAAGAAAAGCACCGCUCCGCGGAAAAGCACCGACCUGUCGACUACGAAACGGAAACCGGCGUCGGCGGCACACAGGACGAAUCGAGCCCACUGCAAAUGAGAAUUCAAACGUAUGGUGGAAUUAACGAGAACACGGAGGAUACGCGUAGACGUGGUUCUAGUUAGAAUCUUAUAUGAAUACUCAAUAUAUUUAACAUAAUUUUAAUAUAUGUUUAAUUUUGUUUUAACUCAUAAAAGCUGUUAUGUGAAUUAGAACUAGAAUCAGAUUUUUAUAGUAAGUUAAUGCAUAAAACUGCUGAUUGUUUAGAGUUGGAUAAAUUUAGAAGCAUUUAUCUACCUCACGCAUUUAUAUGACUAUAGUACCUGUAUAAGCUUAUAAUUAUAUUUAAAGGUCAAUUUUAUGAAAGUAACUGUAGCAGUGGAAAAGUUUUUACAAAAAUAUGUACAA